CGUGGGCGCGCGGCCCCGCCCCAUCGCCCUGUCCGCGGCGAGGUGGGGCCUGGUGUUUGCCCCGGAAGUGGAUGUCUUCCUCUGACAGCUGCUGAUAAGGUGGCGGCGGCGAAGGCAGCGGCAGGUCGGGAGCAAGAUGGCGCUGCGGCCAGGAGCUGGUUCUGGCGGCGGCGGGACCCCGGGAGCCGGCGCGGGGGCCGCCGGGGGAGGCAGCUUCAUGUUUCCUGUUGCAGGUGGGAUAAGACCCCCUCAAGCAGGCCUGAUGCCGAUGCAGCAACAAGGAUUUCCUAUGGUCUCUGUCAUGCAGCCUAAUAUGCAAGGCAUUAUGGGAAUGAAUUACAGCUCUCAGAUGUCCCAAGGACCUAUUGCUAUGCAGGCAGGAAUACCAAUGGGACCAAUGCCAGCAGCGGGAAUGCCUUACCUAGGACAAGCACCCUUCCUGGGCAUGCGUCCUCCAGGCCCACAAUACACUCCAGACAUGCAGAAGCAGUUUGCGGAAGAGCAGCAGAAACGAUUUGAACAGCAGCAAAAACUCUUAGAAGAAGAAAGAAAAAGACGCCAGUUUGAAGAGCAGAAGCAAAAGCUCAGACUUUUGAGCAGUGUGAAACCCAAGACAGGAGAGAAGAGUAGAGAUGAUGCUUUGGAAGCCAUAAAAGGAAAUUUAGAUGGGUUUUCCAGAGAUGCAAAAAUGCACCCUACUCCAGCAUCGCACCCCAAGAAACCAGAUUGCCCCACAUCAUCUCAUUCUACUAAAACUGUCUCCCCAUCACCUGCCUUUCUUGAUGAAGAAGAAUUCAGUGACUUUAUGCAGGGACCUGUUGAAGUUCCCCCAUGUGGGCCUUCUUCCAUGUCCCAGCCCUUUCAGUCUUUCCAUCCCUCUACCCCACUUGGCCAGUUGCAUACACAGAAGGCUGGGACACAGCCUCUCCCUCCAGGUCAGAGACCAGUGCCUUUUGCCUUACAUGGUGUCCCUGGGCAAAUUCCUUACUUCUCUGCUGCUUCAGCCUCACACAGUGUACCAAAAGCAGGCCCUUCCUUGGAGGAGAAGUUCCUAGUAUCUUGUGAUAUAAGUACAUCUGGGCAGGAACAAAUUAAAUUAAAUACUUCUGAAGUUGGCCACAAAGCCCUAGGCCCAGGUUCCAGUAAGAGCCAUCCCAGUUUAACGGCCAGUAACGGGGGUGCUGUAGAUGGAUGUGUAAGUGGUACCACCACUGCAGAGGCAGAAAAGACUUCAGAUCAAAACCUGUCAAUUGAAGAGAGUGGUGUGGGAGUAUUUCCCUCACAGGAUCCUGCUCAGCCCAGAAUGCCUCCUUGGAUUUACAAUGAGAGUUUGGUUCCAGAUGCCUAUAAGAAAAUCUUAGAAACCACAAUGACUCCAACCGGAAUAGAUACUGCCAAACUGUAUCCCAUUCUGAUGUCAUCUGGGCUUCCCAGGGAAACUCUUGGACAGAUAUGGGCCUUAGCUAAUCGAACUACACCUGGCAAACUUACAAAAGAAGAACUUUAUACCGUUCUAGCCAUGAUAGCGGUAACACAGAGGGGCGUUCCUGCAAUGAGUCCUGAUGCUUUAAACCAGUUUCCAGCAGCUCCUAUUCCAACUUUAAGUGGUUUUUCUAUGACUCUGCCUGCACCGGUGAGUCAGCCAACUGUGAUACCUUCAGGCCCUGCGGGCUCCAUGCCCCUCAGCCUUGGACAGCCAGUCAUGGGUAUUAACCUUGUUGGACCAGUGGGUGGAGCUGCAGCCCAGGCUUCUAGUGGUUUCAUACCAACCUUCCCUGCAAAUCAGGUAGUAAAGCCAGAAGAAGACGACUUCCAGGAUUUUCAAGAUGCUUCUAAGUCAGGAUCCCUUGAUGACUCAUUCAGUGAUUUCCAAGAGUUGCCUGCUUCUUCAAAAGCAAGUAACUCCCAGCAUGGAAACAGUGCCCCUUCUUUGUUGAUGCCACUUCCCGGAACUAAAGUAUUGCCUUCAAUGGACAAAUAUGCUGUGUUUAAAGGAAUUGCAGCUGACAAGUCCUCUGAAAAUACUGUUCUACCUGGAGAUCCUGGUGAUAAAUAUAGUGCUUUCAGAGAACUCGAACAGACAGCAGAGAAUAAACCUUUAGGAGAAAGCUUUGCAGAAUUCAGAUCUGCAGGAACUGAUGAUGGUUUCACUGAUUUUAAAACAGCCGAUAGUGUAUCACCACUAGAGCCACCGACAAAAGACAAAACUUUUCCACCAUCCUUCCCCUCAGGAACUAUACAACAGAAACAACAAACACAAGUGAAAAAUCCUCUGAACUUAGCAGACCUAGAUAUGUUUUCCUCAGUUAAUUGCAGCAGCGAGAAACCAUUGUCUUUUUCAGCUGCGUUUAGCACAUCAAAAUCAGUUUCCACACCACAGCCAACAGGUUCUGCUACUGCUCCGACAGCAUUGGCAUCAACGAAAACUUCUAGUUUGGCUGAUGAGUUUGGAGAAUUCAACCUUUUUGGGGAAUAUUCUGGUCUACCACCUGUUGGGGACCAGGAUGACUUUGCAGAUUUUAUGGCUUUCAGUAAUAGCUCUAUUUCAUCUGAGCAAAAGGCAGAUGACAAAUAUGAUGCCCUUAAAGAGGAAGCCAGUCCUGUUCCUCUAACCAGCAACAUGGGCAGCACAGUGAAGGGUGGACAAAACCUAACUGCUGUGUCUACCAAGUAUGAUGUCUUCAGACAACUUUCUCUGGAAGGGUCUGGACUAGGUGUUGAAGACCUAAAAGAUAACACUCCUUCAGGAAAAAGUGAUGAUGAUUUUGCUGACUUCCACUCUAGUAAAUUUUCUUCCAUAAACUCGGACAAAUCCCUGGGAGAGAAAGCAGUGGCUUUCAGACACACCAAAGAAGACUCUGCAUCAGUGAAGUCCUUGGAUCUCCCUUCCAUUGGUGGCAGCAGUGUCGGCAAGGAGGACUCUGAAGAUGCACUCUCUGUUCAGUUUGACAUGAAAUUGGCUGAUGUGGGAGGAGAUCUUAAGCAUGUCAUGUCUGAUAGCUCUUUGGAUUUACCAACAGUUAGUGGCCAGCAUCCUCCUGCUGCAGAUAUAGAGGACUUAAAAUAUGCUGCUUUUGGAAGCUACAGUAGCAAUUUUGCAGUGAGCACACUUACAAGCUAUGACUGGUCAGACAGGGAUGAUGCAACUCAGGGCAGAAAACUCUCUCCAUUUGUCCUCUCAGCAGGAAGUGGAUCCCCCUCAGCCACCUCAAUUCUUCAAAAGAAAGAGACUUCAUUUGGCAGUUCUGAAAACAUCACCAUGACAUCUCUCUCCAAAGUAACAACCUUUGCAAGUGAAGAUGCUCUUCCAGAGACCACCUUCCCAGCGUUUGCCAGUUUUAAAGACAUGAUUCCUCAGACCAGUGAGCAAAAGGAAUAUGAAAGCAGAGACUAUAAAGAUUUCACAAGACAGGACCUGCCUACAGCUGAACGGAGCCCAGAGGCCACUUGUCCCAGCCCAGCGUCCAGUGGUGCCUCUCAAGAAACCCCCAAUGAAUGUUCAGAUGACUUUGGAGAGUUUCAAAGUGAAAAGCCCAAAAUCAGCAAAUUUGACUUCUUAGUAGCCACUUCACAAAGCAAAAUGAAAUCCAGUGAAGAAAUGAUCAAAAGUGAGCUGGCAACCUUUGACCUUUCUGUUCAAGGAUCACACAAGAGGAGUUUGAGCCUCGGUGAUAAAGAAAUAAGCCGUUCUUCCCCUUCUCCAGCUUUGGAGCAGCCUUUCAGAGACCGUUCCAAUACUCUGAAUGAGAAGCCUGCGCUGCCCGUCAUCCGAGACAAGUACAAAGACCUGACGGGAGAGGUGGAGGAAAAUGAGAGAUAUGCAUAUGAAUGGCAGAGAUGCCUGGGGAGUGCCCUGAAUGUCAUUAAGAAGGCAAAUGAUACCUUAAAUGGAAUCAGUAGUAGUUCUGUUUGCACAGAAGUAAUUCAGUCAGCUCAAGGCAUGGACUAUUUAUUAGGUGUUGUUGAAGUGUACAGGGUAACCAAGCGUGUGGAGCUGGGGAUAAAAGCCACUGCAGUGUGCAGUGAGAAACUCCAGCAGUUGCUGAAGGACAUCGAUAAAGUAUGGAAUAACCUAAUCGGCUUCAUGUCACUUGCCACACUCACACCAGAUGAAAACUCGCUGGAUUUUUCCUCCUGUAUGCUACGGCCUGGGAUUAAAAAUGCUCAGGAACUUGCCUGUGGAGUGUGCCUCUUGAACGUGGACUCCAGGAGCCGGAAAGAAGAGAAGCCUGCAGAAGAACAUCCUAAAAAAGCAUUCAACUCAGAAACAGACAGUUUCAAGCUGGCCUAUGGAGGGCACCAGUAUCACGCCAGCUGUGCCAACUUCUGGAUCAACUGUGUCGAACCAAAGCCUCCUGGCCUUGUCCUGCCUGACCUGCUCUGAACAACUCCUCUGUGAAGCACUGACUCUAUUUUUUUCUGUGACACCCCACGGGGUGACAGGGACCGAUCAAUAGAAUGCGAGCGCUGCACAGUUCACUUCCCUGAAUCGAUAUGAAGAACACCUCAAGCGAUGGGGCCCCCGUCAUCCCCACGGCCAGUCUGCGGGGCUUCAGGUAAAAUCGUCCCACUCAAGCGGCACGUGGCGCCAGAAGCUUGCUCACUUCUCUCUACUUUUCUUAAGAUUUUCUAAAACACAGACCACAGCUUUCUUGAUCUAAGGAAGAACUUGCUGCUGCCGUAUUGAAACUGUGAAGAACUGACAUUUGAAGAAAAAUAAACUACUGUUGCGGGACUAGAAUGGGCAGCUGUUUGGAGCCAGUGCUUGUUUUUACCUAGAACACUUACUGUCCUGUGAAGUAGAGUGCAUUUAUUUGCAUUUAGUUUGUUAAUGUCUGAAAUGAAUAAAAAGGAAAUUGCGAUUAAACUGAUGUUCUGCUUUUUAUGGAGAAGAUUCUGCCCGUCUGCCCUGGACAGUAGCAGGCAGGUGAGGGCAGAUUUUACCCACUUGGCUGUCACAACUGAACCAGUUCUCUACUCCUUCCCUUCAUUGCUGUCAACGCUCAAGACUUUUUCCCAAAACAUGCCUGCAGUCCUGAAGAAUGGCACUCUGCAGUCCUGAAGAAUGCUCAUUUUCACAGAGGCCCAAAUCCUGUGUAUUAGGAUAAUAUCCUUCCCCGCAGGAGCCUUCACUGCAAACCUGUUUUGCCACAUGCAAAGACCGUGACCAUGGAGUUUUCUCAGACAAGAUUUGUAAAGGCAGUGGAAUGAAAUCUCUUUGCAGUGGCCUCUCUCCAAAUUUCCAAAGAUGACUGCAUAGGGACCAACACUGCCUGACUUUGCAGUAUCUGUGAGAAAAACCUGAAAAUUAAUUCAGGGUGAAAAUGUGGAGUUCUUGGCCUAGUGUAAAGUAUCAAGAUGUAUAUUUAUGGGAUAGAUACAUGACUUAGAAGAAAAUUGUCCAGAAAUAGUACUGAGUUUUAGAUGGAAAAGACUCGUGCUUCCUGGAGUAGGGAAUUUUCUUUGCCAUUUAAUCUGAAUGCAUAAAAUUAGGGGGAAAAACUCAAGUGGCUAAGAGCUGUGAUUCCUAGGAAGAACGUACCAAUCUAGGGCACACAUCUCUCUGAACUGUUGAUUAUGCGCUUUAUGAAGAGAUUUUUCAAUCUCGUCUGCUUUACUUUGUGCGGUGUAGGCCCUCUGACCUAGACUUUUAUUUUUAAACCGAAAAAGUUGGUCUUGUCUAUAAUUGCUGCUUUUACAUAAUUUAUUUUCCCCUCUCAGAACAAAUUCUAUCUUGGUCCGUCUUAUAGCUUUUCCAUGUUCUCCAAGAAAGGUGUGGAACAUUUUCAUUAAACAGCUGUUGCUGAGGCUCCUGCUUGACCUUCUACAUGCCUGAAUGCAGAGAGAGGCACCGAGGAGAGACAGGCUUUUCUCACUCGCUCCCGAUGAUAGCGUCUCUGGCCAUUGCUGACUGAGACAGCUCACUCUGAAUUGGUACCUUUGGAGCUUUUGCCCGCCACAAGGCUAAUGGGGUGUCUCUUUAACAACACAGGUGGGACAGCUUGUGGCAGGCUUUCCCUGAGGCCUCGCUGCUUUCAUCCUGGGCAGCACCAGGUCCACAUGGAGCUGGAAUGCAAGCAGGCUUCUAAUUGGUCUUAAAAAAAAUUUUUUUUUUUUUUUGAGACGGAGUUUCACUCUCGUUACCCAGGCUGGAGUGCAAUAGCACAAUCUCAGCUCACUGCAGCCUCUGCCUCCCGGGUUCAAGCGAUUCUCCUGCCUCAGCCCCACGAGUCGCUGGGAUUACAGACAUGCGCCACCAUGCCCAGCUAAUUUUGUAUUUUUAGUAGAAACAGGGUUUCUCCAUGUUGGUCACGCUCGAACUCCCAACCUCAGGUGAUCCGCCUGCCUCAGCCUCCCAAAGUACUGGGAUUACAUGCGUGAGCCACCGCGCCUGGCCUAAAUUUCAUAACAGACCCAUGACAGCAGAAUCUACCUUUGCAAUAAGAAUGUUUCCCAGGAGUUAGAGACCAGCCCUGGGCAAGAUGGCGAGACCCCAGCUAAUUAUACAAAAAAUAAUUAGCCAGGCAUGGUGGAGUGCAUCUGUGGACAUUUGUGGUCCCAGCUACGAGGGAGGCUGAGGCGGGAGGAUCACAUGAGUCCAGGAGUCUGACAGUGACUGUUAAAAAUUUAUUUCUUUUUUACAACAGCCUAGAUGAUAAGAGAGAGACUCUGUUUCUUAAAAAAAAAAUAGUAAGUUUCCCAAUUUGAAAUGUUGCUGAAACGUUUUUUGAAAUGCUGUGUAGAUGCCUAUCGUGUCACAGUGGCCCAGUAUCAACAUUUUAAAAAGUAAGCUCACUUGUUAGCUGGGCUGGUUUCUUUUCCUGAGAAAUUCCAGAAUGCCUCAGAUACAAUUCCUUAGUAUAAUUCCCACUUUCCUUACCAAGAGCGAUAGGCUUAGUCACUCCGUGGGAGGUGCCACAGGAAAAUUCAGCAGACGUCAACAGAAAAAAAGCCUUUGCUAUGAAAAGUAUUCACUACCUUUCAUAUCUCUUGAAUACUUGAAAUGUUUAAUUAGAUGCCACCAAUAGGGAUCCAAGGAGUGUGGGACACCCUUGCGCUGCUUUUCUUUAUAAACAUUUAUUAUAAUGACUCAACACUGCAUUCAGCUUCACCUCAGCUCUUCCUGUUAGCCAGGAGCCCCGUGUCCUUGGAAACCGUAACCAAGGUUACUUAUUUCCAUACUGUGUAUUGUCAGCCCGCUUCACCCCACUGCUUGAAUGGCGAUUAAUAGCACUUUUCUUUUUUUGGUGGGAUGUUUUGCCUUUAAAAUUUUUAUGGCUUAGUGUGUAAUUUCAUUUUUGUCUGGACAGGCUUGAGAUAGAAGAGGUAUUGGAUAUAUUAGGAUAUUUUCCAUGCUUUAUUUUUCCUGUGGCUACUAGUUAGCAUUUCAAAGGGGUUGUGAAUUUUUAAUUAUUUGAAUAUUUUGUGUACAUACAGAUAUUUGAAGGGUUUUGGGGGGUCUUAUUUGUUUAAAGGUGUCUUCUGUUUGCCUGUUUAAUGUGGACUUCAGCUUUGCAAAGAUUAUAGGGCUGUAUGUUACAGAAAUAGGAGAUGCUGGCCCUGUGCUGGGGACCACUACAAAAAUCCCCCUGAACACCUUUGAGGUCAAAUGCCUGCCUUUGUGAACAGUUCAUAAACUGACAUUUUCAGACAUCUGCCAUUCAGAAGGGAGCACUGUAGCCUGCUGUAGACCAUUCCAGCAAAUGUCAGAAUGCAGGGCAAGAUGUCUAUCGACUGUGUUUUUUAAGUUUAAAUUACUUAUUUCUUCAGGUGAGUGUGCACCAAAUAACAAUACUGAAAAGCCUGUCCCUUGCAAGGCCAAGGAAAUAAAGCUUAAGUGAAACAGCUCUUGGGGGAAAAAUGCCACUUUACAAAUACUUUUCUAAGAAAAUAGCAUUAUAAUGAAGUUUUUACUGAAUUCCAUUAUUUAUAUGUUGAUGUGAACAUAAGUGGUUAAAAAAGUAUUCUUGCGGGACAUCUCAUUACUUUGUAGCUGUGGCGUUAUUAACCAGUGAAUGCUGUGGUCCGUAGCAAAAUGCGUUGUCUUCUGUGUGAUGUGGAAUUCAGGCCUGUAUUUUAAAAGAUGGUGUGGUUUUUCCCUUGUUUGUAGUUUAAUAAACAACUGCUCUAAUUGAUAUGUUUAGAUAUUAUAAAGCUUUACCUUUAAAAUAUUUUCAGGGUCUGUUCUGAGAUCACCCGCUGUUAAACUUCCCUAACCAAAAUACAAGUGUAGAAGAA